CAACACACGCAGACGCACUUUACAAAAAAAAAAAAAAAACACGACAGACACAUCCGCUCAGCGCAAGUUUUGCGGCAAACUUUCCACGCAUGGAGCUGCGCGAGACUGUCGACUAAAAAGGUGUUUCGUCUCACGCGAGAGCUGAUGGCAAAGAGGACAAAUAUCGAAGGCGAUGUUUCCUGGGAGUAAUGGACGAACACGUAAACAAACGUUUACAAGGGAGACCUAAAAAAAGAUAAAUUUGCUGCAAAAUGGCUGCUUGUCGCUCUUUUUUUCGUCCUUUUGCGUCGCCUCAGGUGCAGUUGGUGUUAGCUCAGUUCCUGUUGGACCAACCGAGGCGCCCUCACUGCGCACGCGCCAAUUACCGCCUCUGCCGCCUGGAGGCAACACACAUACUCUAUAUGUGAACAAACGUUUUUUGAGUGUACGUGAGCAGGAAGUAGACGCGAAUUACUGAACCGGCUGCAUUGAAAAGUUGCUGAGUCAUCCCACAGACGUUACCGCCAUGGAGGCGAACGUGGGGGCUAACAGCAGCUUGGGGUCUCUGGACCUGAGCCACCUGACGGAGGAGGAGCAAGAGACCAUUUUGCAGGUGCUCCUGCGAGACUUGGACCUGAGACGUCAAGACGAAGGACGAGUAAGGAUGCUGGCGCAGAACGAAACCGACGCGGCGCAACUCCACUCGCAGUCGGGGGCGUGGUUCCGCGAGGCAUCCAGCAGGCGACACCGAGGCCGUAUGUGCGGCUCGGACCUGGUGCGCGCCACCAUACGCCGUCGACCGACAAAGGUCAACGAGUCGUUGGCGGUCAGCCUAUUCAACGGUGAGACGGACGAACAAUCGAGCAGCCCCUGCCUGGAGGAGGCUGAGGCGCGAUUGAAAGAGUCCGUGGAACACAUUCCAGAGAGUCCACCCAGUUUUGACUCUUCACCCAUUCGGGAAAGAACGGCAACAAAGGAAGACCGUCAGCGUUACAAAAGGGAAUCUGUGUCUAUGUGCAACAUCCAGACUGACGCGGGACGUUCGCCUUUGCAAAAAAACAACUUUCAUUCCAGUCAUAUGUUGAGCGGCGGCACGAUGAGUCUGUUCAGCUCGGGGGUCUUCGGCGUGGUGGAGGUGCGCGGACGCCUGCAGUUCUCGCUUGCCUACGACGGCCACAAGGGGGAGCUCCGGGUCAAGGUGCACCGUUGCGAGGACAUCGCGGCGGCGGCCGACGAGCACCGCUCCGAUCCAUACGUCAAGUGUUACCUGCUGCCCGACAUGUCGAGCCGCAGCAAGCGGAAGACGGUGGUGAAGAGGCGGACGCAGAACCCCGUCUUCGAGCAGACUCUCAAAUACAAAGUACGGCAAAACGAGCUGAAUAGUCGCACCCUCAACCUGUCCGUGUGGCACUCGGAGCCCCUGGCCAGGAAUGUUUUCCUGGGUGAAGUCGAGGUGGCGCUGGGCCUUUGGGACUGGACCUGCACACAACCGCUCUGGCAGGAACUGCAGCCGCGGUUCAACCUGAAGCCCGACUGCGUCGGCAGCCGCGGCACCCUCCUGUUCUCCAUCAAAUUCAUCCCAGAGGGAUUUGAGGGCGGUAUGCCACUCACGGGGGAGCUUCACAUUUGGCUGCAGGAGGCUCAAGGUCUGCUGUCGAAAAAAGGGGGCGCCGUCGACUCGUUUGUCAAAAGUUAUAUCCUACCGGACGUUGGCUGUCAGAGUGGCCAGAAGACGCAGGUGGUGAAGCGCUCCAUCAGCCCGUCGUACAACCACACCAUGGUGUACGACGGCUUCCAGAGCAGCGACUUGGAGGAGGCCUGCGCCGAGCUUAGCGUGUGGCAGCGCGAGGGCUUCAAGCAACACAUGAUCGGCGGGAUUCGCCUCAGCUGCGGAACCGGUCAGAGCUAUGGUGAGACUGUCAGGUGGAUGGACUCCACGGAAGAAGAAGUCUCUGUGUGGACGUCCAUGAUCAAAAACCAGAACCGCUGGAUCGAAGCCACCUUGCCCAUCAGAACGAACCUUGCUCACCGCUCGUCUGAUUGACAUUUUUGUUUGUGUCCACCGCCCACGGUCAGAGAACACGUUCUUGUUACAUAUGUUAGGCCCUUUUUUACAAAUUCCCUCCCGGAGUAGAUAUUGUAAAUAAGCUGUAGAAUAUGCUUGGAUGUUCUUGUUUUGUUAUUUGCAUGAGACAGCUGUGACCAUGCGAUCGCUGUGUCAUUAAAUGCAGGGAACCCGUUUUUCCUGCUUGCUCAUCAAA